AUGGCAAAGCUGGAGAAGUUUUCCGAGCCCCCGAAAAAGACUCAGAUCGUUGACUCGGAGUCUGACUCGGAGCAGGAUGACGGUUUGACUCACGUGGAAUGUGCCGGUUCCGGCGCGAGCUCGGAGACGGUGCGGCGCGCGCAGGUGAUCCACAGCGGACACUUCAUGGUUUCUUCACCGCACAGUGAUCCUGCACCGCGCAGAAGGAGAACUUAUUACGACUUCGACACGGUGAACAAGCCGCGCUGUCAGACCUACAGCUUCGGGCCGUUCAGCUCCGGCAGACUGAGCAUCGACCCAACACUCACCCGUCUCUUCGAGUGCAUGACACUGGCAUACAGUGGGAAGAUCGUGUCUCCAAAGUGGAAAUCCUUCAAAGGUCUGAGGCUGCUGUGGAGGGAUAAAAUCCGUCUGAAUAAUGGAAUCUGGAGAGCCUGGUUCAUUCAGUAUGUGGAGAAAAGGAAAAAUCCAGUGUGUGGGUUCGUCACUCCGUUGGAAGGCUCCGAGGCAGACGCCCAUCGCAAACCUGAAGCGAUUGUGCUAGAGGGCAGCUAUUGGAAGAGACGGAUAGAAGUGGUGAUAAAAGAGUAUCACAAAUGGAGGAUUUACUACAAGAAGAGGAAACACAAAGAUCAUGUGCCUGUUCUUCAGACGACGCCCAUCUGCAGGUCUGGCCUGGAGAAAUGGUCCGAUCAGAUGUACCCAGAGCCAGAACCUUCUCAGGCGGAGGUGCAUAUGUUUGACUUGGACUGCUUUCUGUCAGAUAUCUCAGACACUCUCUUCACCAUGACCCAAAAGCCAAGCCCUUGGAGUGGGGAACGCCAUAACACAUACACCAGCAACGCUGAUAUGAUCCAACCUGGUUUAACUCCACUUCAGCCCAGCUUGGACGAUCUCAUGGACAUUCCUGACAUCUUUGCAAGUUACCGUGGCCAUCCUCUGGUGCAGAGUGGUUAUGCUGACUCUGAUUUAUUCCAGAGCUCAUCCAACACACUUUUUCCCUCAACCCCAUCCACCAUGAUAAAUACACCCUUGAUACAAACAGGAUCCCAAAUUACACAGCCCAAUAUGACCGUCGAGAGCUUGCCCCAGUCCUCCUCAGCAGCAAGUUUACCCUGCCCUGGCUAUCCGCAGCAACCUUUAACCCCUGAGAUGCCCUUUGAUACCAGCAGAAUGACCUCCAACACCAAGUUCAAGAGUCAUUUAGAGUACAGCGAGUUCCAUCACUUGCCAGCCAUCUUCCCUGGAAUGGACUCGUACAGACAGUCCUACAGUGUCCCUAGCAUUGCUACUGGUCCUUCAAACAUAUCCUCUGCCUCUAUGUCUCAGGAGAACCCUUACAUCUACUCAAACACCUGCCUGAAAUACAGACACGCUUCAGGCAGCCAAUCAGGGAACAACGUCCUAACCACACCCACUGUUAUCACACAUACAGGAUCCAUGAAUGUCAUAACGCAAGAUCCCCAAGAGGGCCAAAGCUACGCUAUGCUGGACAUGCUGGACUACCAGCAGGCGUCUGUGGCUCCACCUUUGCCUAGCCAAGCCCACUGCUUCUCCGUGCCACAGCAGGUAGCCAUGGGUUCAGGCAGAGGAAAGCACAAGCAAAAAAUGGGAGGAGGUCGAGGGUUUCCCAUGGCAACGACUGUUUCUGUUUCUGUGGCUCCACCCACACAGACUAGCUGCCUGGCCAAGCUCUUGGCUUCCACCUCUCAAGAACGAAAACCGACAGUGGGUUUUGAUCCUCCUUUCGUUGGCCUGAAAUCCCAUAGGCCAACUUCUCCCAGCUUAGCACAGUCCACCAGCAGCAUGCCAGUGGGCUACAGAGGUUCACAAAUAUCCCAGCAUCCCCCUUGGCCCCCUGCCGAAGUGCCGCUGCAGUGCCAGAUGCCACUGACGGUACAUUCUGACGUCUCUCAUGGCUCCAUCUCGUCCCUCCUCGUCCCCAAAACUGAGAAACUCUCACCUGUCCCAAUCCAUGUGCCAGAGAGGACAGGUCUAACAGUAAGUUUUUCAGGAAACUUUGGCCCAACAUCUCCGACGAUCCCUCCAGAGAAAACAUCCGACUCAUCACUCACCUUAUCUGGAAUAACCAAAACAGAGCCCAAUAGGACGGACACGAGGCGAAUCACACACAUCUCCGCCGAGCAGAAGAGGAGGUUUAACAUCAAAUUGGGUUUUGACACUUUACACAGUCUGGUGACCACACUUAGCUCUCAGCCCAGCAUUAAGAUCAGUAAAGCCACUACGCUACAGAAGACAGCUGAAUACAUCACCAAGAUGCAGCAGGAGAGAGCGCAGCUCCACGAAGAGGCCCAGAGACUCCGAGAUGAGAUUCUCGCACUCAACUCUGCCAUCAAUGUGUGUCAGCAGCAGCUCCCUGCCACUGGCGUCCCCAUCACUCGCCAGCGCUUCGAUCAUAUGAGAGAGCGGUUCAGAGAAUACGUCCAGGCCCAGACCCUUCAGAAUUGGAAAUUCUGGAUCUUCAGUGUGAUUAUGGAGCCUCUGUUUGAGUCCUAUAACGUCAUGGUGUCCACAGCCAGUAUGGAGGAGAUGUGCCGCACUACGCUCAGCUGGCUGGACCAACACUGCUCCCUACCUGCCCUCAGACCCACUGUUCUGAGUUCACUCCGCUUGCUCAGCACCACCACGUCCAUCUUGACAGACCCAAGUCUGGUUCCUGAGCAGGCCACUCAGGCAGUCACUCAGAGACACCCGUCCCACAGCUGCAACCAGUGA